CUUUGAAUGCAACGAUUUUGAAGAAAAACGGUGCAGUAUGAGACUCGUAAUCCUUGAUUUUCAAACAUCCGGUAGGUCAAAAAUUCAAAUUAACGGUCAAAGUUAGUACCGCGUGUGUAUAGGCGUAUGUACAUUAACACUAACAUUUUGAACAUUGAAUGAGCGACACUACAUUUGCUGAAGGAUUUCAUCUUGAACAGGAAUGAUGUCACGUUUAAAUCAAAUGAUUGUUAUGAUGUUGCCUGCAGUUAUGCUGAUUGGCCAUCAAUCUUCCGCAGAAACAACAACUCCUGAAAUACCUGACAUGAUAGACUUGCCACCGGGUUUUGGUGAUUUGACUGAUGUAUCACGAUUGGGUGGAAGUGAUGACAAAUAUCCUGGUUGUAUUGUUCCAUUACGUUUUAUUAAGAAGAAAAAAAAGCAUGACUUUGAUCUCACAAAUGGAUGCUGUGUUGUCUCCUUUGUAACAAGUCAUGAGCGAAACCGAACAGACCUAGAUUUCAUUCAAUCGAUUGAAUGCUUUUCAAAUUGUGAAGAUGCAUAUACGCCACUUGCCAUUAAUGAAACAAAAACUUGUGUUAAAGAAGAAUUUGCAGAUACUUUAUGGGAUGAAUUAGGCCUUUAUGGAAAUUAUCUUGGCGGUAGUCUCUUUUGUUCCCCAAGUGACAACAAAUGUCUUUCGUUGAAAGUAGAUACAGAUAUUUAUUUUGAAAACUGUUGUUCAUUUUCAAAGAAGUUGUUAGGAUACAGCUGUAAGUCAUAUAAGAAGUGCAAAAAACAAUCUCUAAUUAAAUAAGUUAAAAUAAUAAAAUAAAAUAUAC